CCAGUACAGGAUUUUUUGAUCCGCUCCUGUUCCGUGUGAUUGCGGGUGUGGAACGGGUGGAAUUGCGCACUAGCAAGCCCCUAGCUCAUCCGCGUCUCUCUCCUCGUUCCUCUCUCGCUUCCUUUCUCCUCCCUCUCCUCCCUUUCUCUCUAGGCUCCAGCUAUCAACCCUAGCAGGUUAUAUUCAAGCCUAUCGUCUUCUUCCUCCAACCCCAUUCUUGGCAAAUUCUCUCAGCUCGACCAGCUUAAUCAGAUCGAUCGCUGAGCUAACACCACUCUCACUCCAUGUGUGAGUGACAAUUCCGCAACGCUGUUAGUAUUAGUACGACGUACAAGCUAGUCGAUCCCCACAAGAUUCAAGGAGGACCUAGCUAGGUGUCUGUGCCCCCACUGCUGCAGCAGCAGGACAAGCACUAGUUGAUCUGGGUGCAACUGCAAGUACCACCACGGCUGCACAUGUUCGGAUCGCCCGUGAGAUCAGAUCCUGCUUCCGGUUGAAUUCCGACCCCAACCUGCACCUGACAGCUGCAUGCGCGCAAACUGAUCCAUCCGUCAUCCACAGCAGCGGUAGAUAGCAUCAGAAGAAGAUCAUAUCGAUCAGGAAGAUGAUGCUGAAGGAUCUGGCAGCAAUUCAGCAGCAGCAGCUGGCCGCCGACGAGAACAUGUCGAACCUGACCUCCGCCUCCGGCGACCAGACCAGCGUCUCCUCCCAACCCCUCCCUCCUCCCGCCAAGAAGAAGCGCAGCCUCCCGGGGAAUCCAGACCCUGCUGCGGAGGUGAUCGCGCUGUCGCCGCAAACGCUGAUGGCGACGAACCGGUACAUCUGCGAGGUGUGCGGCAAGGGGUUCAAGCGCGACCAGAACCUGCAGCUGCACCGGCGUGGGCACAACCUGCCGUGGAAGCUCAAGCAGCGCAACCCCAAGGAGGUGGUGCGCAAGAAGGUGUACGUGUGCCCGGAGCCCGGUUGCGUGCACCACGACCCGGCGCGCGCGCUCGGCGACCUCACCGGCAUCAAGAAGCACUUCAGCCGCAAGCAUGGCGAGAAGAAGUGGAAGUGCGACAGGUGCGCUAAGCGCUACGCGGUCCACUCCGACUGGAAGGCGCACUCCAAGGUCUGCGGCACGCGCGAGUACCGAUGCGACUGCGGCACCCUCUUCUCAAGGAGGGACAGCUUCAUCACGCACAGGGCGUUCUGCGACGCGCUCGCGGAGGAGAGCGCGAGGGCGGUGACCGCGGCGGCGGCAGUGGCGGGACAGAACCCGGGGAUGCUCUUCUCGCACUCCGGGGGCGGGGGCAGCGCGGGAUUGCAGCUGCCGGCUGUGCUGGACCCGUCGCUGCCGCUGGGCGGGCACGGACUGUCGCUGCAAGAAAUAUGCCUCAAGAAGGAGCAGCAGCAGUUCGCGCCGUCGUGGCUCACGGCGCAGCAGCAGUUGGAGCUAGCCGGCGCGGGCAAUUCGGCCGUGUUCGGCUCGGGGAGGCUGGACCAGGAGUACAUCGGAAGCUCGACGCCGGAGAGCACCUUGCAGCCGGCGGGCCUGAGCUUCGGGUUCUCAGCGUCCGCCGCUGGCACGGCCUCGGCGCACAUGUCAGCAACCGCGCUCUUGCAGAAAGCUGCACAGAUGGGUGCAACUCUGAGCCGACCGUCGAACCAGGGCCAGAUGGCGAGCACUCACAGCACCAGCACUAUCAAUGCUGCCACUGCCAACUCAGCAGCUGCUCCUACUGCCAACGUGAAUAGCACCGGCGCAGGCCCAGGCUCUGGCCUCGGCUUCGUGGCAUCUCACUUUGGAGCGGACGAGGGGGCAAGGACUGAUCGCGACGCUGGCAACGGCGGCAAUGCCGUCGGCGCGGGUGGCGGCAAUGACGGCCUCACCAGGGACUUCUUGGGGCUGCGGGCGUUCUCCCACGGCGGCAUACUCAGCAUGGCCGGGUUCGAUCCCUGCAUGUCGUCGGGCACGUCGGCGGCGUACGAGCAAGGGCACCAGAGCAGCAAGCAGUGGCAUGGCUAGUCAACUCAAUGGCAUACCUCGCCAUGGAUGAAUCAUAUCCUAAAUGAUGCAACAUGCGUGCAUGGACAUUGCUAGCUCGGUCAUGUCGAGAUGGAUAUUUAGGUAAGUCGGAUCGAUCGAUAACCAGUUCGCUUUUUUCUUGGCACUUAUUUUGAUGUCCAUUUGUGGGGUAUGGGCUGUUCUAUUCUUAUAUAAUCUGCAAUGUGCUAUAUAUGGAAGACUUACAAAUGUUUAUGCUAUAUGUCAUAGUUAAUUCUAGUUAUUAUUCGGAAUAUAUCCAUUUGUAAUCAGUAGUGUUACGCUGGAUAACGCUAUGAUAUGUUAUGCA